AUGACCGACACCGCCGCCGAACCACUAAUCCCCAGUAAUGCCCACCACGACUUCCCUCCCGAUCCGCGCAACCCAUACACCAGCGACAACGAUGACGACACCGAGACAUACGACGACGACGACGACAACGACGACGAAGUCGACGAGUCAGCCCUGGUUUCCCCCGGCCUCUUCAUCUGGAUCCUGACCAUAUGCGCCGGCGUCAGCGGCCUGUUAUUCGGUUACGACACGGGCGUCAUAUCCUCGACCCUCGUCUCCAUCGGCACCGAUCUCUCGUCGCGGCCCCUCUCCACCCUCGAUAAGAGCUUAAUAACAUCGUGUACUUCGUUUUUUGCGCUGCUGGCCUCGCCGCUUACGGGUGUGCUGGCGGAUUCGUACGGGCGCCGGACGGUCAUUUUCGUAGCGGAUGUAUUGUUCGUGCUUGGCGCGCUGGGUCAGGCUUGGACGCGUAGUGUGGGCGGCAUGAUUGUGGGCAGGUCGAUUGUCGGGGCUGCAGUGGGAAGCGCGUCGUUUGUUGUGCCGCUGUAUAUUUCGGAGCUGAGUCCGAGUCCGUUUCGGGGCAGGUUGGUGGUUGUGAGUAGUUUGUUUGUGACGGGCGGGCAGGUUGUCGCGUAUGUUGUUGGAUGGCUUUUUUCGCAGCGGGUGCAUGGGUGGAGGUGGAUGGUUGGGUUGGGGGCGUUGCCGGCGGCGGUGCAGUUUGUCAUGUUGUUCUUUUUGCCGGAGACGCCGCGGUAUCUUGUUAAGGCUGGAAGGACGCAGCAGGCGAGGGCGGUGCUGGGGAGGGUGUAUAAAAGCGACGAGGGUGGAGCCAAGUUGGUGGGCGCUGUGCUGCGGCGUGUGGAGAGGGAGAUUGAAGAAGAGGAAGACGCGGCUGGUUUACGGGGCAUGCCCGAGUCUGCAAAGUCUGGCUGGAGAGCAAAGGUAGAAAGAGCGCAAGACAACUUGUCUCAACUGAUUGUCAUUGGAGGAAACCGAAGGGCAUUGAUAAUCGCUUGCAUGCUCCAAGGCUUCCAACAAUUAUGCGGUUUCAACUCCCUCAUGUACUUCUCCGCCACAAUCUUUCGCAUGGUAGGCUUCUCCUCCCCAACCCUAACCUCGCUCUCCAUCGCCCUCACAAACUUCCUCUUCACCCUCGUCGCCUUCCACUUCAUCGACCGCAUCGGCCGCCGCCGCAUCCUCCUCUACUCCAUCGCAAUCAUGAUCCUGGGCCUCAUCCUCUGCGCCAUAGCAUUCAUCUACGUCGACCUGCCCGUCGAAGAAGAAGCAGUUUCUAACAACGAUGCGGCAACGAAAACGUGGCCCCUUGUUAUUCUUAUUUCGAUGAUUACAUAUGUAGCUGGCUAUGCGAUUGGCAUGGGAAACGUACCCUGGCAGCAGUCCGAGCUGUUUCCUUUAUCCGUACGUUCCCUAGGAUCGGGCAUUUCGACUGCCACCAAUUGGGGCUCGAAUACGCUGGUUGGCCUUACUUUUUUGCCCAUGUUGCAUCUUUUUAGUCCUGCGGGCACAUUUGCGGUCUAUGCAGUUGUGUGUGGGGUUGCGUGGGGGACUGUGUGGAGGAUCUAUCCUGAGACGGCGGGGUUGGGGCUUGAGGAUGUGGGAGGGUUGUUAAGAGAAGGAUUUGGGGUUAGGGAGAGUGUGAGGGGGUUUGAAGAACGGAAAAGGGAACGAGAGAGGGAGAGGGUUGCGGUAAUAUAGAAGAGGUGUUUUAGAUGAACUUAGAAUCAAGAGUAUUUGAGCAGUAA